AUGCCAUAUUAUUGUAUACGCGAUAAUCAUAAGUCUAGUAAUAACAAUUCUUUCUUGUGUUCUUUGUCUUCUCACUUCUUUGUCUUUCCACUCUUCACUUCCUGUUUGUUGGGGGGGGACAUCGACGAGAACGAGGCCAGAGAGGGAGGAUUGGCCCUGAGGCAGAGAGGGAGAGAAAAGGGUCACUCUCGAAGUAGACGAGGAAUUUUACGAGACAAUUUUGUUAAUCACGUGUUCUUGAUAAUUCUAAAACUAAAUCUGGCAACAUUGGCAACACUAAUUAAAGAAACUUUAUCCGCCAGAGAGCGCUUUAACUGCAUAAUACAAACUGAUCCACAAAAUGCAGAUUAUGUUGUGGAAAAUGGUGCCACAAGAAAUUUUCAAGCUUUGAAACUUGCUGAAGAACAAGCAGAAAGAGAGGCAAAAGAAAUAGAAGAGGAAGAAAAAAGCAACCCUAUGAAAUUAUUAGAAAAUCGAACAAAAGCAUCAAAACGUGAAAUGGAACUGUUAGAGUCUCUAGAAGAAUUGAGAGAUUUGAAUCAAAGACAUGCACAAGUAGAUUUUGAUAAUAUGCUAAAGCAGUAUGCUGUUUAUGAGGAAAAUUUAAGAGUAAAACAAGAGGAAGAGGAUGAAGCUUUUAUUAGGGAAGUUUUUGGAAAAUCUGAUGAAAAAUCAUUAAAACGUACAUCUGAGGAAAUUGUAGAAGAAAUAAUAGAUGACAAAAAGGAUAGUAAACCAAUAAUUAAACGAGCGAAAAAGAAUAAUCCUACUGAUAUCUUAUCUGAAGAAAAAUUACCAAGUGGAAACAGUAGUAAAAAUACAUGGGGGGAAGUUUAAAAUCCACAAAUUCUUUAAAGAAUUUUGUAAAAUUAAAGAACUCAACAAACACCACCUCUACUACAACAACAACUAAUGUCACCGAUACAACUCCCAUUAGUACUACCACUCGUUCAGUUAAAACUGAAGACUCUCGGACAAGUUCCCAAUCUUCUAACAGUUUAAAUAUGUUAGGAGUUUAUUCGGAUAGCGAUAGUGAUGGUUAGGAAUUUUAAGUCCAAUAAAUUAAGCCGUAAUCGACGAUCGGAUAUGUAAUUCACAAAAUACAUA